AUGGCCAUUGACCCAGGGAGCGGCCUUAUCCUUUCUGUCACGAACAUGUUGGAGCCGGAGAAUAACGAGGUUGCGAAGGCAGUCCUGAACAAAGUUAUAUCUCGUGCUUCCAAUUUGAACUGUGUCAUUUACGACAAGAUGUGCGUUUGUCAGAAAGCCUUCAGUUCCGACCAGAACUUCGCGAAAGUGAAGUAUUGGUGCGUAGAUCGCUUCCAUGCAAAAGCUCACGGUGAUCGUUGCCCAUGCUCGCCUUUGCUUCAUCGCCGACUUGAUCUUCGAUUGCGUGAUGUCAACACCUCGAUUGCAGAACAGACGUUCUCGUGGUUCCGCGGAUAUGCCUCCAGUUUCAACACCAAGAACGCAGACACACACAUCUUCUAUGUCCUGCUGUAUGUCAAAAAGCACAAUCUCCUUGUCCGCAAAGACUACAUUCGCCACCUGAAUCCCUUCAGUGCUCGGGCCAAGGCAUCCAAGUCUCGCCAUGUUCUGACGCGUCCAUCGUCCAAGAAGUAUCAUUGUCGUCGCCCUGCUGCCUCCGGUCGUGCUGGUGUCGUCUACAAGAAGCCGUCCAAGAAAGUCGACGAGGAUGGUCCGAUCGCCACCACACCCCUUCCUGAACUCUUCGAAAGCCUGAGCUGGGAGAAUCGGAAGCCGGUGGAUGCAGCCCGGCCCCGUCAUCAUCGCGAAGCAAAGUGUACCGAAGCUCAAGAGACGCAGAUGGAUGAUGCAGGAGCUGAAGAGGAGCGGGAAGCCCAGAAGAAACACAAGGAACUCGCCGAGGCACGAGCAGCAGAGGAAGCCGGGAAGCAACGACAGGAACAAGCAGCAGCGGCAGCCAGGGAGAAACAAGAGGAACUCGCCAAGGCAGCAGAGGAAGUCAAGAAGAGACAAGAGGAACUCACCAAGGCACAAGCAGCAGAGGAAGCCAGGAAGAAGCAAGAGGAACUCGCCAAGGCACUAGCAGAGGAAGCCAAGAAGAAACAAGAGGAACUCGCCAAGGCAGCAGCAGAGGAAGCCAGGAAGAAACAAGAGGAACUCGCCACACUAGCAGCAGAGGAAGCCAGGAAGAAACAAAAGGAACUCGCCGAGGCACAAGCAGAGGAAGCCAGAAAGAAACAAGAGGAACUCGCCAAGGCAGCAGCAGAGGAAGCCAAGAAGAAACAAAAGGAACUCGCCGAGGCACAAGCAGCAGAGGAAGCCAAGAAGAAACAAAAGGAACUCGCCGAGGCACAAGCAAGAGCAGCGGAAGCCAGGGAGAAACAAGAGGAACUCGCCAAGGCACAAGCAGCAGAGGAAGCCAGGAAGAAACAAGAGGAACUCGCCAAGGCACAAGCAGCAGAGGAAGCCAGGGAGAAGCAAGAGGAACUCGCCAAGGCACAAGCAGAGGAAGCCAAGAAGAAACAAGAGGAGCUCGCCAAGGCAGCAGCAGAGGAAGCCAGGAAGAAACAAGAGGAACUCGCCACACUAGCAGCAGAGGAAGCCAGGAAGAAACAAGAGGAACUCGCCGAGGCACAAGCAGCAGAGGAAACCAGGAAGCAGCAAGAGGAACUCGCUUCGUUGCGACGCAAGAAGGAACAGCUGGAGAUGGCUCUGCGAGAAGUGGACAGGUUGAAUCAGCAGCUGCAGCAAGGGACCCAAGAUGCUGACGAGACCAUGCAGUCGUUGCAGGAGCCACGGAUGCCAGGAGGUGCCAGCAAGGAAGGUGUGAUCCGGCUUUUCGCUGCAGUGGGCUUCGAUACGGAAAGCUUUGUCCGGAAGUAUUCCGCAACUACUGAGAAUUCCCGGGAAAUGGAAGUGGCAGUGGACUUCGAGUUCUUAACGAAGAAGGAAAUGGCUGAUGAUCACAAUAUGACGGAGAGCGAUAUCGCAGAAGUUGUGGCUGCUGCCGAAGUCGAUCCUGGACGCUUUAUUCGGAAGCAUCCCUUCAAAAAGGGUGUGCUGAAGUACUACACCGUGCUGAAAAUCUAUGGUCACAAAAAGGCGACGACCAAAGUGACGGUCAAGGAUGAAUGUGAAGGCCUCGCCAAUACGGAUCGUAUUGAUGUGGAUGUGGACAUGGAUGCAACCCUGAAUGAAGCUCAUGGAGAGACGCCGGCAAAUCUUAUAGAUGCCGGUGAUGGUGUGUCACGUCAGCCGGCCAGCGAAGAGCUUUCCAAAUUGCUGAAAAGGUUUCAAUACCCUGAAAUCCAGGAAGCUGCGAAGCCCUCGACCCUGCUCGCCAAAGCCAUUCUUGCAUGCCAGAAACGGCUGAAGAAGCUCGAGGAGCUCAUGCCCGAUGACAAACCCCCGCCCCCAGAAGAGAACGUCGAUGACUCUGCUGGGAAAGGAUCUGUAGUGCAAAGGAUGACCUCCAAGCUGCUGAAGAUGUACACUCAGCUGGAUGAGUCGUGCGACCGAUUGAUCCAAUGCCAGACUGAUGGAGUGGUUGAUGGCUAUGACGACGUGCUGAUCCAAAGCCAAGCCAUACACUACGUGCAUUGGCUGAACGUGCGAGCCUCCGCAAAGCGGAAGUUUGCAGAGAUGAGCUUCAGUGAGUGUCCUAGGGAGUGCCCUGGGAAAUGCUUUGAUCAUGCAUCUGCUGGUAGUCAUCAUCGUCACAACAACAAAGGGCAUUCCUACCUUAGCCGUUUCUUGAUUGCUGCUGUGCCUUCAAAGCUUUACAAGAAGAACGACGGUGUUAUGCCCGGCCUUUUGAAGAUGAUAGCCCAGCAGCUGCAGGUGUUGUUCGAGGAAGGCCUCGUGCACAGCAAGUCUGGGUCACGGCUGAAGUUUGUUUUUAUAGGCGUCAAAGGCGACGCCGAGUGGCAUUGGGAGGCCGCUGGCUUCACAAGAAGCUACCACAAGACUGGCUCAGUGAACUACAAAUGCAUAUGCCCAUAUUGCCUUGCUGGUGCAGAAGGCUACAGCUAUACUGAUGUCAGUGACUCCCCAGCCUGGCUGCAGACAGUCGGUGUCACCGAUCCGUGGGACGCGACGCCGCCGCUGAACGAAGUGCCCUACGCAUCAACAUUCGCUGCAGGCCUCUACAAGCUAGAUGUCUUCCAUGUUCUAAAGUUCGGAGUAUUUCGGGACACCGUAGGUUCUUCGAUCGUCAGACUGGCUUUUAUGAGGUAUUGGGACACGGAUGAUGUUACCGAAUCUUGUGGAGUGCCGGAGCGGCUGAAUCGUGCGUUUGCUUACUACUCCAUGUGGUGUCUUGCCCAAGGAAAAAAUCACACAUUGAAGCGCUUCUCUCGUGCCAACAUGUCUUACGACAAGAACCACCACUUUGCAGAGGUGCAUGCCAAAGGCAGUGAAGUCAUCCUCUUAAUGACAUGGCUGAGUUUUCAGCUGGACCUCUUUCUGCGGGAGCCAAAGGAUGCCGGAGAUGUACCCAUUCUCAAGGUGAUGAAGCAAAUGUUGGAUGGCGGCUUGACGUAUGUGGGAAUCAUGCAUAGUCACGGCACCUGGCUACCGCACUCGUGUGCAUGCCUGCAGUUGGACGCUGGCAUGUGCUUUGCUCGUGGGUAUGCUUUCCUGGCGAAUCAUUGCACAGCUUUGAAGGUGCCAGGGACUGUGCAGCGGUACCUUGUGAAGGUGCGCCUUUUGUUGGAGCGGCCCCGAUCUAGCCGCCUGUGGCCGAACGCAGACAAAUCCAAGGAGAACACGCUUCCCAUUGCUAUGGCUUUUGAGCAUCUGCGCGCUGAGCACCUCAGCUGA